GAUCAGCACUCUUACAGUAAAUAUUUGUGUUUGCUCAACCGGUUGUAAUGGUGGAUGACUGAGACAGAAAAGAGAGGACUAAAACCACGAAAACAAAGUCCAGACACAACACUACGAGCCCUGAGUAGGAAUAAAGCAUCGUCGCAAAAUGGAGGAACUCAAACACCAAGUAAUGAUAAACCAGUUCGUCUUGACAGCAGGUUGUGCGGCAGAUCAGGCGAAGCAGCUUUUGCAAGCGGCACAUUGGCAAUUUGAGACUGCCCUCAGUGCCUUUUUUCAAGAAACGAAUAUUCCAUACGGUCACCAUCAUCAGAUGAUGUGCACCCCAGCCAACACACCGGCCACCCCGCCCAACUUCCCUGAUGCCCUCACCAUGUUCUCCCGUCUCAAGGCUUCAGAGAGCUUCACCUCCAGCAGCCCCAUGGCCUCCAUGGCCACCUCUCCCCCUCCUCCACACGGUUGCUGGGGCGUGCCCCCACUCCCCAUGCCCAUGAGUGGUCCACAGGGUCAGGGACUCUGGACUCAGGGGCAGCCCCCUUCGCAGCCCCCCUCCAACCCCGCAGUCUGGCCCACGGGGGUCACCGUUAACCCCCACCAGCACCCAGCCACCGAACAGAAGGCGAGUGUGGCCAUGGAGGCCGAGAGAUGAGGGGCCAGGACUAGACGGCCCUGGGGGGGGGGGGGGGGGGGAAGUGAAGGUGUGUCUCUUUCCAAUUGAGGGUGGUAGGGUGGAGAUAGAGACAGCUACACAAACCAAGAAAAACCAAGCAAGUACUAAACGUGGACAAUUCAAGAAGUGGAAACAAUGCAAAUAAGAAAUCAAACUUUUUUUUUUUAAGAAGCGCACACACUUAGUAAUAAGAAAGAGAGCAACUGAAAUCUUUGUUUAGAAAAAAAUAUUCUCAGUAAAUGCAUAGAUAAGAGAAAUGUAUGGAACAAAACAUCUUCAAGUCCAAGGAUUAUACUUCUGAUGUUUUCUGAGACAAGGACUUAAAGCAGCAACUGUUUCUGCUCUCUCUUUUCAUCUGUCCAAGUGUUUAUACUCUACUAGGAACAUGUUAUAGAGAGUGUGUACACUGCAUGGAGAGAGGGGAUCUGGCAGUACAGUGUUUAUACUCUACUAGGAACAUGUUAUAGAGAGUGUGUACACUGCAUGGAGAGAGGGGAUCUGGCAGUACAGUGUUUAUACUCUACUAGGAACAUGUUAUAGAGAGUGUGUACACUGCAUGGAGAGAGGGGAUCUGGCAGUACAGUGUUUAUACUCUACUAGGAACAUGUUAUAAAGAGUGUGUACACUGCAUGGAGAGAGGGGAUCUGGCAGUACAGUGUUUAUACUCUACUAGGAACAUGUUAUAGAGAGUGUGUACACUGCAUGGAGAGAGGGGAUCUGGCAGUACAGUGUUUAUACUCUACUAGGAACAUGUUAUAAAGAGUGUGUACACUGCAUGGAGAGAGGGGAUCUGGCAGUACAGUGUUUAUACUCUACUAGGAACAUGUUAUAGAGAGUGUGGUGUGUACACUGCAUGGAGAGAGGGGAUCUGGCAGUACAGUGUUUAUACUCUACUAGGAACAUGUUAUAGAGAGUGUGUACACUGCAUGGAGAGAGGGGAUCUGGCAGUACAGUGUUUAUACUCUACUAGGAACAUGUUAUAGAGAGUGUGUACACUGCAUGGAGAGAGGGGAUCUGGCAGUACAGUGUUUAUACUCUACUAGGAACAUGUUAUAGAGAGUGUGUACACUGCAUGGAGAGAGGGGAUCUGGCAGUACAGUGUUUAUACUCUACUAGGAACAUGUUAUAGAGAGUGUGUACACUGCAUGGAGAGAGGGGAUCUGGCAGUACAGUGUUUAUACUCUACUAGGAACAUGUUAUAGAGAGUGUGGUGUGUACACUGCAUAGAGAGAGGGGAUCUGGCAGUACAGUGUUUAUACUCUACUAGGAACAUGUUAUAGAGAGUGUGUACACUGCAUGGAGAGAGGGGAUCUGGCAGUACAGUGUUUAUACUCUACUAGGAACAUGUUAUAGAGAGUGUGGUGUGUACACUGCAUGGAGAGAGGGGAUCUGGCAGUACAGUGUUUAUACUCUACUAGGAACAUGUUAUAGAGAGUGUGUACACUGCAUGGAGAGAGGGGAUCUGGCAGUACAGUGUUUAUACUCUACUAGGAACAUGUUAUAGAGAGUGUGUACACUGCAUGGAGAGAGGGGAUCUGGCAGUACAGUGUUUAUACUCUACUAGGAACAUGUUAUAGAGAGUGUGGUGUGUACACUGCAUGGAGAGAGGGGAUCUGGCAGUACAGUGUUUAUACUCUACUAGGAACAUGUUAUAGAGAGUGUGUACACUGCAUGGAGAGAGGGGAUCUGGCAGUACAGUGUUUAUACUCUACUAGGAACAUGUUAUAAAGAGUGUGUACACUGCAUGGAGAGAGGGGAUCUGGCAGUACAGUGUUUAUACUCUACUAGGAACAUGUUAUAGAGAGUGUGUACACUGCAUGGAGAGAGGGGAUCUGGCAGUACAGUGUUUAUACUCUACUAGGAACAUGUUAUAGAGAGUGUGGUGUGUACACUGCAUGGAGAGAGGGGAUCUGGCAGUACAGUGUUUAUACUCUACUAGGAACAUGUUAUAGAGAGUGUGUACACUGCAUGGAGAGAGGGGAUCUGGCAGUACAGUGUUUAUACUCUACUAGGAACAUGUUAUAGAGAGUGUGUACACUGCAUGGAGAGAGGGGAUCUGGCAGUACAGUGUUUAUACUCUACUAGGAACAUGUUAUAGAGAGUGUGGUGUGUACACUGCAUGGAGAGAGGGGAUCUGGCAGUACAGUGUUUAUACUCUACUAGGAACAUGUUAUAGAGAGUGUGUACACUGCAUGGAGAGAGGGGAUCUGGCAGUACAGUGUUUAUACUCUACUAGGAACAUGUUAUAGAGAGUGUGUACACUGCAUGGAGAGAGGGGAUCUGGCAGUACAGUGUUUAUACUCUACUGGGAACAUGUUAUAGAGAGUGUGGUGUGUACACUGCAUGGAGAGAGGGGAUCUGGCAGUACAGUGUUUAUACUCUACUAGGAACAUGUUAUAGAGAGUGUGUACACUGCAUGGAGAGAGGGGAUCUGGCAGUACAGUGUUUAUACUCUACUAGGAACAUGUUAUAAAGAGUGUGUACACUGCAUGGAGAGAGGGGAUCUGGCAGUACAGUGUUUAUACUCUACUAGGAACAUGUUAUAAAGAGUGUGUACACUGCAUGGAGAGAGGGGAUCUGGCAGUACAGUGUUUAUACUCUACUAGGAACAUGUUAUAGAGAGUGGUGUGUACACUGCAUGGAGAGAGGGGAUCUGGCAGUACAGUGUUUAUACUCUACUAGGAACAUGUUAUAGAGAGUGUGUACACUGCAUGGAGAGAGGGGAUCUGGCAGUACAGUGUUUAUACUCUACUAGGAACAUGUUAUAAAGAGUGUGUACACUUCAUGGAGAGAGGGGAUCUGGCAGUACAGUGUUUAUACUCUACUCAUCACGAACGUGUUUGCAGAGCAGAAGAAACAGCAACCUAGUUUUCAUUACCCAUCGUAAGAUGGGACUCUUCUUACCUCACCUAGUCGUCACCUGACUUCUUUCAGCCUAUCAGGGAUUCUCAACUGUUUGACAACACAGGACUUUUUUUUUUUUUAAACAAUUGUGAUUUUUCAGCUCUGGUAUUUGCUCAUGUUGACGAUGAUAUUGUUCACUGCUAUAGCUUUUCUUUCCAACGAGGGGUGAUGCUUUCCUAUUAACCUGGUCUGGAAGAUAGAACUGUCCACUGCAAGGUUUCUGCAGAUUUGGGUAUUAUAUAAAAAUCAUGGUUUGAUAUAUUAUAGUUUAAUAUGUUUUUUUUCUUGGUGGGUGGGAUUUGGGAGUGGGCGGGGUUUCUUUAGGUUGUGUUUGGGAAGAGCUGAUCGGCGAGGAGAAAAAACAGACUACUAUACUAUUUGUAAAGCAGAACUUGCCACUUUGCAUGAUGUGCUCAUAAUGUAUACUGUUUUUUUGUAGCAAACGUACAUGAAACCGAGAUGUGUUUCUGGCUGUGGGGGUAGGGGAUACUACAUUUGAACCUUUAUUUUACUAGGCACGUCAGUUAAGAACAAAUUCUUAUUCACAAUGACGGUCUACAUGGUGUUUUCCAUUCCCUCUGGUGUAUCAUUUGUAUUGCAGCAUUAUACAACUGGGCAUCCCGUGCACUGUGAUCCUGCCUAUAGCAGGCUAUGAAAGGCAUUGAUUCAAGGCAAUAUUCACAUGCAGGGUCGGCCCCAUUCAGUUCUGUUGUCAUUGGGUUAUUUAAAUUGAAUAAAGUAUAUAAAAUAAAACCUAGCUAGAAAUAUUUUUUCUUUUUUUUUUUUAGGAAGAAAUAAAUAAACAAGGAAUAACUUCUUUGGACAAUAUAAUAACGAUAAUGAGUAAACCAUCUUUAAAUUGACUAAAAUAAUGUUUCAGUUCAUCCCUUAUUCACCAUUUUGUUUGAAUCCGGGCGUCUCGGGAUGGUUUCCCCCUGUAUGACUGUAUUGAUAUACCAUUUCCACAAUAUUUGUGGACUACCUGAUAAUUAACUUAUCAUUUUUUGUGUUCCUAAAUAAAUAUCGUAUGUUGACCUUCAA